AUGACAAGUACGACCUGCAUGGAUAACUUGAUAGACCUCGAGGAUCCUUACGAAUCAUCCAUCACCCAGAUAUUGCACGAGCGUUUCAAAAAUCGUCUGAACUAUACGAAAGCUAGCGAUGUUUUGGUAUUUUGCAACAAUUUUUUGCAGCCGGAAAAGACUGGAAAUGAGAAAACGGACGAACAUAUACCAUCGGAGAAGAAGAUAAGUAUUACGGGACUUGCGGAAACCGCACUUUCGAAAAUCAAUGAUCAGUCGGCAGCAAUUGUUUUUGGAGGUGAAUCUGGUUCUGGAAAAUCGUUCAAUGUUUUUGAAGCUUUCAAGUUUUUCGUUUCGCAAAGGAACUCAAAAUUAUCACUGAAACAGAUGGAAGCUAUACAAACUGUUCUAAGAAGCUUCGGAUGCGCGAAAACAUUGAAAAAUAACGAAGCUACAAAAUACGGAUGCUCCUUUGAUCUUCUCUAUCAGAAAAAUCAGCUUUCCGGAUUAAAUUUGAAGUAUACGGUGCCAUUGGAAGUCAGUCGAGUAAUUUCCCAGAAGCCUGGAGAGAGAAACUUCAACAUUUUCUAUGAAAUCUACCAUGGUCUCAAUGAUGAAGCCAAAUCAAGUUUCGGCAUUAAGGAGCUUCAGAAGUUUUUCUAUAUGAAUCAAGGCAUAUCUGCGGACAAUAUUCAAGCAGAUGAAGACCAUUUUGACGAUGUUGAUAAUGCGUUGGCACUUUUGGGAUUCUCCGAAGAUCAUCGAUUGAACAUUUACCGCAUCGUGUCCUGCAUUCUUCACAUCGGAAAUAUUUACUUCAAGACUAGAAGAAGUUUGAAAAGUGAGAUUGAAACAGUUGAACUGGGCAACUCCUCCGAAGUCAAGUGGAUCGCUUUCUUGCUUGAAAUUGAUUAUGAGCUUCUUGUGGAAGCAUUACUUCAAAGAAAACCAAAUUCGCCAAAUAUUUCAAUGGAUACGGCGCUCGACAAUCGUGAUGGUCUUGCAAUGCUUCUUUAUGAAGAAUUGUUCAAAUGGAUUUUGACGCGUAUCAAUGUUCAUUUCAAAUGUCCAACGCAUACCGCCGUAAUCUCCAUUUUGGACCAAUAUGGGUUUGAGAAGUAUAACAACAAUGGACUUGAGGAAUUUCUCAUUAAUAGUGUCAAUGAAAGAAUUGAAAACUUGUUUGUCAAGCAUGUUUUCCACGAUCAACUUGUUGACUAUUUGAAAGAUGGCAUUAAUAUAGAUUACAAGGUUCCUUCAAACAUUGAAAAUGGUAAAGUUGUGGAGCUGCUUUACAAGAAGCCAUAUGGACUUCUACCCUUGUUGACUGAUGAGUGCAAAUUUCCGAAGGGAUCAAUUGAAUCUUAUCUGGAACAUUGCAAUCUCAAUCAUUUGGACAAAAGCUCAUACGGAAAGGCUCGCAACAAGGAGCGACUAGAAUUUGCUGUGAGGCAUUGCAUAGGUUCUACGUGGUAUUCUGUCAACGACUUCUUUCGAAAGAAUAGGAGAAAUGUUCCUGGAACUCUUGUCAAGCAAUUGUCUGAAAGUCGCAACGCGGUUAUUUCCCUAUUGUUCCGAUCAUUGGAAAUUCGCGAUGGAGCUGACUAUUUUGCUUCGCAAGUUCAAUUAGUGAUAAAAGGAGUUCAAGAUAUUGUGGAAAAAAUUAAUUCAAGCAAAACCUAUUUUGUUCGUUGCAUUCGGAGUAACAAUGAGAGGACACCAAUGAAAUUUGAUAUCCCCAUGAUCAAUCGACAAGUCAAAAAUUUGUUGCUACCGGAAUUAUUGAAAUUCAGAAAUAUUGGAUUUCCAGUGAAAAUGACAAAAACACAGUUUGCUCAGAAGUACCGAUGUCUUUUGCCUGGCGAUAUAGCAAUGUGCCAAAAUGAGAAAGAAAUUAUCCAGGAUAUUCUUCAAGGUCAAGGCGUCAAAUAUCAAGCCGACUUCAGAAUUGGCAACAAUAAUGUAUUCCUCCGCGAGAAGCUUGCCGAUCGCUACGAAUUACAGCAGUUUAACAUAUCUCGAGAUGCGGCGAUAAUGAUUCAAAAACACCUACGCGCUUUUAUUGAGAGCAGAAAGUUUGCGAGAAAGAAGAAAGCCAUUAUUAAACUUCAGGCAGGACUCAGGGGUUGGAGAGCAAGGCGUGAUUACAUCAUUCAAAGGGAGGAGAUGUUCAAAGAACUCGGCAGAACUACAAAAAGGAACAAACGACUUGCUGCUUACCAUCAAGUGUUGGAGGGAGGGUUGCUUCCAGAUACAAAUUCCACAUUGGUUGGUUAUAUCGACAUUGAUGAGAAUGCCAGAAAAUUGCUGAAUCGCCCAAAAUCAGAUUCGGAAUAUGAUAUUACUCAUGUGGUCACGAAUUACUUGUCAAUUCCCACAAAACAAUAUUUGCCACAUAUGAAAAGCAUGACACUGACUGAAUUCGCCGAUGAGAAUUUCAAGGGACAUUUACUAGAACCUCGCCGAGAGCCGAUAAUGACUCCAUUUCUCCAUAAAGAGUCCGACCUUGACUUCCGCCUCUCGGUUGAAAUCUUCAAACUCGUUUUAAAAUAUAUGAACGAUCGCAAAUUGACAAAGUCUCAGCGAAAUGACCUUGGCAGAUACAUUGUCCAGCAGGGCAUCACAAAUCCAUGUCAAAGGGAUGAGAUUAUCAUACAAGUUUUGAAUCAGAUCAAUAAGAAUAGCGAUAAGGUGGCAGUUGAAUUGGGUUGGAAAUUGAUUCAUAUGGCGAUAUCAGUCUAUCCACCGACUGAGAAUAUCAUUCCUCUGCUCAUUGGUGUGUUCAAUGACCAGCCAAACCCAUUGAAAGAACAAUUGUUUUCAACACUUCAGCGACGAUUAAAGAUCUAUGAUAGCGAGAUAUCUAGAGAACUUCCUCCUUCCAAUCUUGAACUUCUCACAACCCCUGCCGCUCAUAAUACUGUUGCGGAAGUGAGAUGCUAUGAUGGUAUUGAGUACGAUGUGCACUUGAACCCAUGGAUAACAGCCAAUGAGAUCGCGGAAAGAAUUUUAAAGCAACGAGAAGUUGGAACAGCUCUCGGAUGGAGUGUUGAAGUUGAGACACCUUCAAGAGUAUUUGCUCCAGCAGGAACUCAAUUUAUUCAUGACGUGUUUGCGGAAGUGGAUGGAGUUGAAUCUGACGAUAACAAAUCGAAAUUCUUCAAUUUUCCACCAGAGAAAUUGGUGAAACCGAUAAAGACUGAUGAAAAACCAAAAACUCCUGAAAUAACGGAAGAAAUUGUGAUGGAAACGGCUCGUGAAUCAACACCUAAAAGUGCUCGCGACUAUCCACCGCCAGAAGAAUGGAUUAGAUCAAAAAGCAGAAACACUCCUGAGCGAUUUGCCAGCCCGAAAGUUGUUCCGGAACAACGCGCAACGGAUACACCUGCAUCAUCAGAUGAAUCGCUGGAAAGAGAAUAUAACGAACAUGCUGAAUAUUCGUACACACUUCCAAAGACAUUAAGACGAGAAAAAAAGAGUCCUAGUGCAAAUCAAAAACGCGAUCAUUCAUUUGAACUGGAUAAUGCACAAAAUUGCGUGACAUCUCCCGUUCUUCCACGUAAAACAUAUUCAAGAAGCGAAAACGAAGAUUAUAAACCAAUUAAUUUUGCGCCACCACCAACAUUCAACUAUCAUGCGCAAAUGCCAAUGAUGCAGUACGUUCCCGUGAUGAUGACGACACAACCAAUGAUGGGUGGCCAACCUAUGGCAAUGAUGACACAGCCAGUAAUGAUGCAGCCCCAUUUCUCGUAUACUCCUCAAUAUCCCCAAGUCCCACAAUAUAGUGCUCCAGAACCCAAUCUGGAAAUGAUGUCUCCACAAAGUGUUCGAUCAUAUGGAGUGCCAUAUUCAAGAAACGAUGGAUACGAAGAAGAUCAUAACUAUGGAAGACAGCCUGAACCAUAUCAGCAAGACAAUCACAAUCAUUACCGUAAUCGAUUCCGGAAAGGUGAAGUGCCGAGUCAAUACUCAACAAUUCGCAAUAUGCCGGUUCCGGAAAACGCUGAACAUGUCGAUCAGUUCUUAGACGCAGUAUUCGAUCAAGUUCUCUCGAAAGAUGAACACCGCAAUGCUGAAAUUGACGCUCGCCAAAUUGCCGGCACUAUCAAGGGCGGUCGUAACGGUCCCGCUGUCGCCGCGUACCCAAACGCAACACUUCGCCGAAAUGAAUCUCCAAUGAGACAUCGCGCACAAAGUCUACCGCGAUACAUGUCUCCGACAUAUGAUUUAUAUGAUCGACGGCAACCGCUCUCACCGGACUUCUCUAGUGAUCAGUCGACAUCAUCCGAUGAUCAUAUGGCAGCACAAAGGGGUAGAAGUUGGGAUCGACAAGGAUAUCGGCAGGAAAGUUUAAAUCACUAUGAUAAUCAGCGACCAGUUUACAUGAUGCCGGUACAAAUGAACGAAAAUGGAGAAAUGGUGAUUUUAAGCCCGAUUCCAGGAGAAUAUGAAACACAAUCUCGCACAAUGUCUCGAGGAAGAGAUUCAAAAACACUGUAUUAUAACAUACGUCAGCCGCGUGGAGUUGAGAAGUACAUGGCCAGACGUUCUCCUUCAGUUGAUGGGUACACGAUGAAGCCACCACUUAUUAGGCGAACUCCAGAUGGCGUCGAACGAAUUGCAAUGCCCCAACUAUACGCACCUCAACAAACACCAAACGGCCGAAGAAAUCGCCAAGACAAUAUUCGCACGCUUUCCAGAAGUGAUUCAAAGUCUCGUGAAAGAAUUGAAGCACCCAUGAUGACAAGACAGAUUCCACCAAGAAUUGAGCAGCACUACCCUCACCAAAAUGGCACGAGACUUCGAUCACCAUCUGCUGAUGAAAGAAGAGUAAAUGGAUUGAACCGAAUUCCCGUGGAAGCUUAUACGGAGCCUGCUGUUAAGAGUACCGUGAAUAAUGGAGAGCAAUUCAAUCCUCAUCGGUUCAAUGUUCGCGAAGAAAGAGCAAUUGCUAUGGCCGAGAAGGAAAAAUCGAAAGAAGCGCUGGAAAAACUGAACGUGAUGCUCAAGCGGCUCCCACCGCCAGUGGAUAAUGUUCGAAUAGUUCGUAAUACUAACCAUCUGGCUGUUCAACGGCCGAUCUCACCUCCAACACCUGAACCAGUAGUCAUUCAUCAACCACCCCCACCACCGCUUCAACCACAGCCGGUUCAACAAUUUCAAGAGAAAUGGGUGAUACGUGAUAUGGUCGAAAGAGAUCCCGCAACUCAAGAACGUGUUCGCGGAACAACUAUCAAAGACGCGUUGACACCACUUAUCAAACGGAAAACUGCCGAAAAACCAGCUGUAAAAUAUGUCAAGCCGCCAUGGAAACUCACUAUUCGUAAAGAGAUGUUUUACCCGGGCGAAACUGUCAACGACAUUCAAGUCAUUGAUCAAGUGUUUGCCCAAAUUGUUGAAGACUGCAAAAAAUCGUACCCAUACCGAAUUCGCCUUCAAGACAGACAACAAGUCGAGGAAAUCCUGCGAGCCAAUCAUGUACCUCCAAGUGACCUUCAACAACAAACCAACAUCCAUCCUGAUAUUAAAAUGAAAGUCAUUGAUACUGCUCGUUUGUGGCCGUUGUACUUUAAUCAAAUAUACGAAGUCAUUGAACUUCGUCCGGAUGAGUCAGUAGGGUUGCUUUUAUCGAUUUCUGAGCAUGGAAUCCGGUUACUGCUGCACACGCCACAUAAUAUUGAAAAUCCUUUGACCAUUCAUGAUCAUUUCCCAUUCGAGACAAUUGUUGAUGUGUCAUUGGAAGCCAAUGACAUUUUAACGAUCCACACAAAACCUGAGAAUGAUGUUCAUUCCCAUUACACUUUACGAUUGAAGACCCGUCAAGCUGCACAGAUCAAGUCGACACUUGAAAAAUGCAUUAGUGGCGGAGCCGUUCCGAAAAGACAGCUGGCUAGAGCAUUGGAGGAUUACGUGACGAAUGAGCCAAAUCAUCUUUCUUUCAAUAAGGGGGAUCUUAUUGAAAUUUUGGCAGCACCUGAUGGUGAAAUUCCACCAGUAGGGGAUUGGCUGUAUGGAAAGAUUGGAAAUCGCUUCGGCUAUCUUUUGAGACAAUACAUUGAGUCGAACAGUAAUGAAACGAUCCCACCACUUCGAUUUGAUUCGAAUUUUGACAGGGAUGAGAAUGUUCAAUUGUUUGAGGAUGAGGUACCGUUUAGCAGUGAAAGAUAUACAAUGCUUGAUUUCGCAACCAAGUAUUUCAGAGAGCCAAAGGAAAGAAAAAGAAAUGAGGAUUGGACUUGGGGUGAUAUUGCACAAUCCAUUAAAUUCAGUAGCCGACCUAUUACACAAUCACUGCUAAAAGAUUUGAGCGCAGAAGAUAAUAAACACGCCGUGGAGAUUUUCAGUUGUAUCAUGAGAUUUAUGGGAGAUGAACAACUGAAGAAGAGCGAGUCGAUUACCGACGUUGUCUUCAAAAUUCUCCUGAUUUGUCACAAACAUCCACUAUUGCGUGACGAAGUUUAUUGUCAGCUUAUCAAACAAACUACAAGCAACACUUCAUUACACGCGGACAGUGUUCUUCGAGGAUGGCGUCUAUUACUCAUCGUCACUUCGUACUUCCCAUCAAGUCUUACUUUGAAGCCAUAUCUUCUUCAAUAUCUUUCUGAGAACGCUGAAGAUUUGCAACGACCAAACCAUGGAAUUGCAAAAAUGUGCUUGACAAAUAUUCUUCAAACGUUCAAAUAUGGUGGUAGGAAAGUCCUGCUUAACGCACUCGAAGUUCAAAACGUUACGGAUGGACAUCUUAUCCGCAAACAAAAAUUCUUCAUCACUAAAGAAAAUUCGGUGGCCCUGAACCUUCGGCCAAUCACAGUUGCUGAAGAAGUUAUUCAAGAACUUUGCCUGAUGUUAAACGUUAGAAGCCUACCCGAACAACAAGAAUUCUCUCUUUGCUAUAGUUCUGGAAAAGAGAAGAGAUUACAGUACUGUAAGAAUGAUGAUUAUAUUCUUGACAUUAUCACUGACAUGGAGCAUAAGAAGCUACCAUAUCAAUUCUUCUUCAGACGAACUGUUUGGGUUCAUCCUCUUCGUUUCGACAACACUGCUUACAUUGAUUCCAUUUUUGAUCAUGUUAUUGAUGAUUAUCUACGUGGUUCUAUGGUAUCAACGAAUGCGCAUUCUCAAUUGACCGCUGCAACUACUGAGGAGAUAAUUAGGCUUGGCGCGUUGUUGUUCCGGUUAUUACCGGAUCAAUCAAAAGGAGUCACCACAAAGAACUUGCCAUUUUUGGUUCCGAAAACUUUUAUUGAUCCAAAACAUCGAAUCCAAGAAGAGACCGUUGCGAGAAUAACUAGAGAAGUUAGACUAAUGGAUCCAAGAAUGCCGGUUCUUGACAUCAAGGCGCAGUUCUUAAGCCUUCUUUCAACGUGGCCCUUAUUUGGCGUUUCUCAUUACAAGCUCAAAUCUGCCGUAGAAGAAGGCAAUCGGAUACCUGAGGUUGUUCUUUCCAUUGGCAAAACCGGCGUUCAUUUGCUCCAACCGAAAUCACAAGAAAUAUACAAAGAAUUCAGAUAUGACCAGAUUCUGUCUGUGGAAAGCGUUAAGAAAUCCAAUUUCAAAUUCGUCCGUUUGGUAAGCGGACACAUCGGAAAAGAAAAAACACUGGAAUUCAAGACGGAUGAUGCUGACGAGAUUGCUCAUUUAAUCGGCCAAUAUAUUUAUGUGGUGAACGAACAAAGAAGUAGUAGAACUUCAACGGAACUUUAA